UUCGUUUUGAACAAUUCCACUGGUUAUGGUUUUUAUCAUAACACGGAAGUUUUCCGGACGUGCUGAUAGAAAAUAAUUGAACAAAUGCAAGACUGAAUCGCCUUUAAUUUGCCUCUUUUUUUUCUUUUAAUUUGCCGUAUUUUUCGUUCGAUUUAUUUUUCGCCUUUGUUUUGUUUGUUUCACUUUUUUCGAAAUAGUCCCUAUAGAAAAAACAAAUCAGUGAAAGGUUCCGCAUUGUUAUACAAUCCGUUUAACUGAGGCUUAAACCCACAGAUUUUCCUUUUUUGAAUAAAAGCCUUUUUUUCUUUUAUUUUUCUCGCAGUUUCUAAUUUGUACCCUGCUGAAGGUGAGCCAUGCCUAAAGAAACAGAAACACGCCAGCCGGCGGACGGCGAUGAGGAAUUUCAACCGUUGGACUUCGUCGAGGAAGGCAACGAACAAACUUGGUUGAUUUGCGUUGAUGGUGAAGUUGAAAAGUUAUAUGACAUAACAGAGUUUCUUGACCUUACAAAUUUAAAUUGUAAAUUCCGAUCGCCGAACGAGCAAGGUGAAGGUGCAUCCAAAGCAAUAAUGAGGCAACAUCCUAAGCAGAGACAUUUAGCAAAGCCUGACGAUGCGUCUUAUCUAAAGGAAAGAGCGAUCAGAUCAAGGAACCUCAUGUUCAAGGAAAACCGAGGUGUUAUGAACCUAAACGCUGAUUCGCCCAUAUUUAUCAACACUGCUCAAAUUGAGCCUACGCUUUACUUCCAGAAUUUAUCAAACCCAAAUAAAACAACACCGUUGUCUACGAGCGGAUCGAAUAUUAAAAGACUCGGCCCAUUGUACGACAGUCUAAUCGAAAAGUGCGACAGAUCAUUAUUAGACGAAAUGGAAAUACCAAACAAGAGCAAUACAUCACUUCUUAGCUCGUCGCCUCUUUCAUCGAUGAACAAACUGAUCGAAUCAGAUGACAUUAUCAACACUAAUGCCGAAUCGGCUGCGGAUAGAAAAAUUAAUACAAAGACUUUUACUCGGCCCAAAAAACCGCAAGCCAAACAAAACCAACCCGGACGAAAAAAUAUCGUCGAUGAAUUGGCACAAAAAUAUUCAGUCGCCUAUCUUAAUAACACCGACAUUAACUCUCCGGAUUUGGACUCACCUUUAGAUGGAGAAGGUAAGGAAUUGACUUUUCAACUGAAUUCCACAAAAUUACCUGAGGAUUUAGACAACGCACAGAGCUCUGAAGUCAAUAAAACAUGGGAAAUUAUAAAACAAGAUAUCAAUUCUACUUCACCAACAAUUUCUCCUAAAGUUUGUACUGAGGAAGUUAACAAGGCGGAUUCUAUGAAUGAGACAUUUCUACAGAAUGAAAAAGCCGUGAAUGAAAGUUUCUCAUCCGAUGUACGUUCGAUAAAAUGCAUAAACAAAACAUUUGACAAGAACGGUAGGCUUGAUGAAAAAUCUAUUGCGGUUGAAAACAAUAAAAUAAUCGAUACAGAAAUAAAAAAGACUGGAGAAAGCCCAGGCCAUGUGACAAAUGAAUGCAACAAUGAUGAAGACAAUAUUUUGAAUAGAACUUUUGUCACAAAUUCCAAAGAAACGACUCCAUCUCCAGAAUUUCAUCCUAGAUUGAUGUCAACUCCUAAAAUCAAUGAUAUAAAAACUAGAAGCAAAAUUCAACCUCCAAGAAAAAAAUGCUUGCACAUGCCACGUAACAUUUAUGUUCUUGAAACAGCAAAUUCUAUGCGCAAAGUUGUUUCUGAAGAAAAUUUAAUGAAGCCAAUGAAAAUAUUAAGAAAACCACUAUAUUAUGCUUCUACAACUAAUCUGAAUAACAAUAAUAAUCCAAAUAUAGGAAUGUCUACUGAAAGCCUACCUGGACCAUCAAGUUCAUUGGCCUCUGCAAAAGCAGAGGGUUCACGUUUACCUGUGCCAAAGAGAAGAUCUUCACGUAUCCCCAUGAUCAGUAAGAUACCGACACCUUUCCAGAGAUAACUCGUCUUCAAAUAUUUCUACGUAUUGCUGUAAUGUUUAUUCAAAUUUAUAUUCAUUUAAAUGAUUCCAAUUUAAAGAUUGUUCACUACUUUUUGUUUUAAAUUACAUUAAAACACUACUUUGAUCAAUUAUAAUUCCCAUCUGUGGGAAAUGCAAGUAUUGUCUGAAUUUAUUCGUAAAGUUGGAAACUACAUUCACUACUGGUAUAAAGUCAAAUACGGUAGAAGUAAGGUAAUCUGAAUAUAACACAUUUGGAUAUAUUUCGCCUGUUUUAAGUCAAUAAUUGUUCCUAACAAUGUGGUACUAGGAAUUUAUCAGAUAGGACAAAGCCAUGAAAAGGCUGUUAGAUAUAAAAUUCAAAUCUAUAAUUCAUGCAGAUGUUUGAAAAUACAUUACAUACGUAAUCCUUCAAAGCAAAUGUGCCCUUUCCAAAUUUAUAAUGUUGACAAUAUUUAUUUUUUAUUGUUUAAAGGUCCAUGAGUAGAAAAACAAUUGACAGCAGUAUGAUCAUAAUGUUUGGUUUUGGUUUGCCUAUCGUUGUUAGUUAGGCAUGCUUCUAUUUAACAUCUUCAAUGGAAAAAAAAUCCUUUGUAACGGAUAACCAGUAUGAUCACACUGCUGACAGUGGUGUGUAAAUCUUUUGAAAUAUUAGGGAUAUUUUCUAAAACAACUUUUUUUUUUUCUUUAACACAUUUUUAAUAGAAAUUAAAGGGCAAUUUGAUUGACAUGUACCUGAAAUGCAUAAAAAAUGUAUUUUUUUAAAAAAUAUACAUAUAUAUUUAAAAGAAGGAAAAAAUAAGAUGCAUAGUAUACAUGUUAUGAUAACUGAUUGUUAUUAUUGUAGGUUUGAAAAAUACAUGUUCCGGUAAAUAUGUAUUCUUGUUCAUUUGAUCAAUUUUACAUGUUUAUUUUAAUUUAUUAACCUGAUUCAAAUUCUAAUUAUACAAUUUUUCUUUAA